AUGAAUCUCGGCCGGUUUCGAAGACGAGCCGAUCGGGCUCCAACCAUGUCGUUGACCGAGAACCGGAACGCCGAAAGUAAUGGAGUAAUGAAGGAGUUGAUCUUCAUCAGUACAAUGUUCCUGCCUGCUAUCAAGGGAUGGCGCAAGCCACGGCUACCCCACGAAACCUCGACAGCUGUCUCUACGACAUUUCCCGACCGAGAUAUGAUCGACCUGAGCGACGAAGUUCAUAAGCAUAUCAAGCGCCUAUACGAGACCCUCAAGGGCACAGACGAGCUGCUCUCCAAAGAAAAGUUCUUGGCAUUCUUGCGGGAUGUCCAAGGCGAGCCCAAAGCCGUGCUCGACCGCGACAGCUACUCUCUGGGCGACUUCCUCUAUACUUGGAAUAUGUUCUUCAGCAAUGCGGCUAGACCCCUCCCAACCAGAAAAGAUCUCUCGAAACCUCUGUCCCAUUACUUCAUCAACAGCAGUCACAACACUUAUCUUCUUGGAAACCAGCUCGCCUCGAGAAGCUCGCCGGAGGCGUAUAGAACGGUUCUCAGAAAUGGAUGCCGGUGCAUUGAGAUUGAUGUGUGGAAUGAUGAUGCGGUGACACAAACGAUGACAAAAUCUCACCGAAUCGAACAUUCCAGAGGUAUAUCGGCAAUAUCUGGGAGCUCCCUCCCAUUUGUGGCCGACACGCUUCGUACAAUGCUUGGCGAUGACGAGUCUACCGGUCGUUCGCGAAGCACGAGCAGAAAUAGCCGCCCCCCAAUUGACAUUACACCUCGAUCAAGCACCAAUUUUAAGCCGGAUGGGAAGGAGUCGUCUGAUACAAAUGAGCGCAAAGAGUCCAAAGGGCCCGGGGAGUGCAAAGAGCUGAAAGGGCCCAAAGAAUCCAGCGACAAGCUAGAGGUGAUUAAUGUCGUACGCACAUCCUCGCGAUCUUCCAGGCCGAGAUUCCCCAAGGGGGAGCCUAUCGUCACCCAUGGUUGGACGCUGACGACUCCAUGCGGCUUCCGUGAGGUGUGUGUGGCCAUCAGGGAAACGGCAUUCGUUGACAAUGACCUGCCUGUCAUCAUAAGCCUUGAGGUUCAUGCCGACACAGAGCGUCAGGAAAAGAUGGUGGAAAUCAUGAAAGAGGAAUGGCAAGAUUUGCUUCUAGAUAAACCGCUCGAGGGCCUUGACCCGAGCUUCCAGCUGCCCAAAUUGUCGGACAUGCGGAACAAGAUUCUGGUCAAGGUCAAGAGGGCCCCGGCAAGAAUAAUUGCACCCCACAACACCAUAAACCUUCCGCCUGUCUUUGCUGAUGACGAGGAUGCUUCGGACUCUGACGAUGAUAAACCGCCCCCUGGCCCACCAAGGAAGACAGCAUCUGUCCCCAUCACGGGGCCAUCGCCACCAGUGACACCGGAAAUUAAGCAAGGCAAUGUCAAAGUGCCCAUCUGCCAAGCGCUGAGCUCUUUGGCUGUCUAUACCCGCAGCGAACGUUUUCAGAACGUCACCAAGCUGGAAUCAAGGAUCCCUAGCCACAUAUUCUCUAUAAACGAGAAUAGGAUUGUUGAACUGGAUGAAAAACACCACGAGCAGAUGUUCAAGCACAACAAGAAAUUCUUCAUGAGAGCUUUCCCAGCAGGCAGGAGAAUCGACAGCUCCAAUCCAGAUCCCAGUUUUUUCUGGCAGAAGGGAGUCCAGAUGGUGGCCAUGAACUGGCAGAACUUCGACGACGGCAUGAUGAUAAACGAGGGAAUGUUUGCGGAUGAGAACGGCUGGGUCUUGAAGCCGCCUGGCUAUUACCCUACAGACCGAGAUUCAUUGACGGAAAGAGACGCAACCCCGAGGAACACUAUGGACCUCUCCAUCACCGUCUUCAAUGGCAGCCGUAUCCCAUCAAGCUCAGACAACGAUGACGCAUCUAGCCACUCGUCCGGGGAUAUCAAUCCACUGAUCAAAGCAGAGUUGGUCAUUCCAAAAGCUGUGAGGUCUAAGGACGACGGCAGCUACAAGCAGAAAACAAUUUCUGCAAAGUCUGACUACCCAAUCUUUGGAUCGAAAGGUCACAAGCUAUGCUUUCCCAGGACCAAGGACAUCCUGCAGCAACUCACAUUUCUCCGGCUGAAAGUCGAAGACGAGGGAAUCGUCAGCUCCCCCAUGCUGGCGUAUGCUUGCAUUCGUCUUGACCGGCUCGGCCAGGGCUACCGCUUUAUCAAACUCCGCGACUUAAAGGGUCAGGAGGUCGAAGGCGGAAAGCUCUUCGUCAAGAUCGACAAGACAGUGCGAGCAGCGACCCAAUCCUCCGCGUAA